GUAACCCAAUUACCUUAUCUCCUUAAAUGUAACAUAGAUACUCAUCCGAACAAGCAUACUAGCACAGUGGACGCAAAUACUGUCGUUUCGAUUGUCAGGCGUUUACCAAGACGGGCUCUGAGACGCAGAGUCGGGUGGUAACAUAUGCAGCCAAUGCAAGCGCAAGGAUGGCGCCACUGGCGGGGUAGCGCGGGCAAAGGGCCCGCGCGAGCCUGCACCGGCUGUGCCACAAUCACAUCUACAGUACUACCGCCGUGCUUGCGAGUAUGGGCUCGGGGCCAAACCAGUCGGCGACUGGCGCUGGCCCGCUUCUUCCGUGAGGGCCGUGAGACAGUCGGCCCGCCCGGUCAGCCCGGGCCCGGCACGCACACGGCUGCCCAGGCCAAGGCGGGGGCGCAGGAGGCCGCCUCCACCGUCGUCUCCGACAUCGGCGCCACCACCGCCGCCGCCGACCCCUCCCCGGACGCCGCCGCCACUGCCGCCGCCACGCUCACGCCCGCCGCGCCCGGCCGCGCCGUGUCGCCCGUGGGCGCCGCCGCCUCGCCCUCUGCCCCGCAGCCCCCCGGCUUCCAGCCCCGGCGCCUGCUGGUGUUUAGCUGCCUGGUGCUGGGCUACGCCGGCUACUACCUCACACGCAACAGCCUGACCUACACGGCGCCGGUCAUGGUGGCGGACCCCAGCCUGGGGUUCAGCCUGGCGCAGGUGGGCACUAUGACCUCCAUCUUCCCCAUCGCCUACGGCCUGAGCAAGUUCGUGAGCGGCAUUGUGGGUGAUCGCUACAGCCCCAGCCUGCUGCUGGGCGGCGGCCUGAUUGCUACUGCCGCCUGCAAUCUGGCGUUCGGCGCGGCGGGCUCGCUGCACGUGUUCGCGGCCAUGUGGGCGCUGAACGGCCUCAUGCAGGGUGUGGGCGCGCCCUCCUGCGCCCGCAUGCUGACGUCCUGGUUCGCGGCCCGGGAGCGCGGCACGUAUUGGGGGCUGUGGAACGUGGCGCACAACACGGGCGGCUUCGCGGCGCCGCUGGUGGCGGCCACGGCGGCCAACGCGCUGGGCUGGCGCUGGGGCAUGUGGGCUCCCGGCCUGGCGGGACUGGUCCUGGGUGCCUACGUGCUGCUGCUGUGCAGGGACACGCCCCAGGACGCCGGUUUCCCCCCCGUGGAGGCCGCGCCGACCCGCAAGCAGCAGCCACAGCAGACCUCCAGCGACGGCAACAGCAACAGCAGCACCGCCACCGCCACCACCAGUGGCAGCAGUAGCAGCAGCAGUGGCAGCAGCAGCAGCAGUAGCAGCAGCCAGCCGCCGGGCGUGCUGCGCGCCGCGCUGGACAACGUGCUGUCAAAUCCGGCGGUGUGGGCGCUGGCCUUCGUGUACUUCUUUGUGUAUGUGGUGCGGCAGGGCGUCACGUCCUGGUCCAUGUUCUACCUCAUGCGGGAGAAGGGCGUGGCGGACGCGGCGCAGGCCGCCGCCCGUGUGUCGGGCCUGGAGCUAGGCGGGCUGGUUGGCGGGCUGGCGGCGGGGCGCCUCAGCGACAUCCUCAUUCGCCGCAGUGCUGCCAGCGGACAGGGCAGCGUGGGCGUGCGCGUCAAGGUGGUGAUGGCCUACACGGCCGGCCUGGCCGCCUCCCUGCUGCUGUUCCAGUCGCUGCCGCCCGGCACGGCGCCGCUGCUGCAGUGGCUGUCGGUGGCGGCCAUAGGCUUCUGCAUCUACGGCCCGCAGAUGCUGGUGGGGCUGUGCGGCGCCGAGCUGGUGCACCCGGCCAGUGUGGGCGCCAGCCAGGGGGUGCUGGGCUGGAUCGCGUACCUGGGCGCAGCCAAUGCGGGUGUGCCUCUGUCGCUCAUCAUCGAGCGCUACGGCUGGUCCGCCUACUUUGCCACACUGCUGGGCGCCUGCGGGCUGGCGCUGGCGCUGCUGGCGCCGCUGUCCGGUCUCAGCAGCUUCGCGCAGCGGCAGCACCGGCACGAGCAGGAGCAGAUGCAGGCAGUGGCGGGGUCAGGGGGAGACGGGGGCGGCCGUGGGGACGGAGACGGUGUGGGGGAGGCCAAGCUGGCGUGAUGAGAGAGGAGCAGAGGGUGUGAGGAGGACGAGGGGGGGAUGGAGAGGAAGGAGAGGAGAGAGAGGAACUGGUUGGGAGUUGCGAAGACUUGCAGCAGUGAUGGCUCGCCGGCCCGCGUGCGCGUUCGGCGCACCGAGCAGCAGCAGAGCGUGAUUACAUGCCUCCGCGUCUUAUCAUUGGGUUUUAGUGACACGUGUUCGGUUGUGCUUACGUGAUGCCGAAGCCUACUGGAGGCGGGGUCCUGCGGCAUUGUUGCGCGGCCCAUGCCCACCAGGCGCUGGGGCAUGUAGUCCGGGGUUCGUGUCUAGGAAGGAAGGGCAGCAGCAGGGCAGGAGUGCAGGACUGUGGGCGGUAUCCCUCCGACAGGGCUCCUACCUACUCGUGGAACUCCCUUAGCAUGCAAGUUGAACUUUUACCGGCAGUGAUUGCUACAAAGACAGGAAAGAUUGCCGCAUCGUGGUGUGGUGUGGUGCGUGUGGCGGGACGACGGUGAGUCGUGGCACGGUGCGUGCGUGUGCGAGGUUGCGUGUGCAUGUGGGAAUGGACAGCCAUUUGCUUGAGUGUACCGGGAAGAGUAGAAGAGUAGUGGGUGUGUCUGCAGAUGUGUGCAACCAUGGUCACUUGAGUUGCGGAGGAACGCGAUGACGGCUCUCGACCAUUGUACUGUGGAGUGUGGUGGAUUCUGCUGUUCACGCCCGCAGCCUUGCAGUGUCGCUGCUGCACUUGAGUUUUCGUUGCUGUUGCUGUUUGAUCGAGCUGUUUGAUGUACCGUAGGCGAUGUUAUUGAUGUGCAAGCUAGCGAAGAGCACGGCAGCACGCCACUGCGUGAGGAGGUGCUGUGCAGGGAUCACGCUGUCGAAGCGUGUGCGGGCAUACGGGAGAGAGCUCGGGUCCCAACUGAAAUAGUGUUGGACCCGCAGGUGUCAAUUUGUUUGUACAUCAAAGCCAUUCGCAUUCGCAUGUAAGCGUUUCAA